AAAAAUAAAUAAAUUGUUGUGUGCUACUAUUUUGACACCUAUUUCCUCAAAUUUAUGUAAACAUUUUGAUGCUCUGAGGAUAAGGUACAAGCAUGGGGAACCAGCUGACAGGCAUAGCUCCCUCGCAGAUUUUGCCUGUGGAGCACUAUCUCACAGACACACCAGAGGCAGAGUUUGACAUCAGUCUUGGUAGCACCCGUUUUUUCAAAGUUGCGCGUGCUAAGACUAAAGAAGGCCUGACUGUGGUUAAAGUGUUUGUGAUACAUGACCCUUCCCUACCUUUGUCCAGCUACAAAACAAGGCUUGAGGAGAUUUGUGCAACCCUUCAGGGUACUUCCAAUUGUAUUCCAUUCCAAAAGGCAGUGCAACAAGACAAAGCAGCGUUGCUGUAUCGGCAAUAUGUUAAAGACAGUUUGUAUGAUCGUAUCAGCACCCGACCUUUCCUUAUUCCCAUAGAGAAGAAAUGGAUCGCCUGUCAGCUAUUGUGUGCUCUAAACCAGUGCCAUAAACUCAAGGUAUGCCAUGGUGACAUCAAGUCUGAGAAUGUGAUGAUCACUGGAUGGAACUGGUUGCUGCUGACCGACUUUGCCAGCUUCAAACCCACCUAUCUUCCUGAUGACAAUCCGUCAGAUUUCUCCUACUUCUUUGACACUUCUCGGCGGCGCACCUGCUACAUUGCCCCGGAGCGGUUUGUUGACAGUGGUACGAAGAACUCAGAUACUGGUAACCAAGGCAACAAUGUUGAUCUCACAGCAUCGGGAGAAGUAAAGACAGGGGAGCUAACUCCUGCCAUGGAUAUCUUCUCUGCAGGGUGUGUGAUAUCAGAGCUGUUCACUGACGGGACUCCCCCAUUUGACCUUUCUCAGCUGCUGGCAUACAGAAACAGGGAAUACAGCCCCUGGAAAGUCCUCGAGAAAAUUGAUGACCAAAAUGUUCGGGACCUUGUUCGCCACAUGAUGCAGAAGGAGCCAAGUCACCGACUGUCAGCGGAGGAAUACUUGAUCCAACAGCGGCUGAAAACAUUUCCGGACUACUUUUACACAUUCCUCAAACUCUACAUACAGAGAUUUGCCUCCACACCCAUUAUGCCGCCAGAUGAGAAGAUCUUCAAAGUAAACAGAGAUAUGGUCUUAAUCAAGGAAAAUCUGAAAAUUGAUCCUGCCCACCCUGAGAACAACAGUGCAUUGGUCCUCAUUAUUUCAUUGGUUGGUUCCAGUUCUCGGCAGGCAACUUACUGCAAUGCCAAGCUGGUGGCCCUCAACCUGAUGACAGAAUUUUCCAAGUAUGUCACAGCGGACAUAAUCCUUGACAGACUUCUGCCAUAUGUAAUUCACAUGUCGAAGGACAAAGAGGCGAGGGUCCGGGCUGAGAUGUUACACUGUAUCACACGCUGCCUCAAAGACAUCCAGAAUGUACCAAAAAGUGAUGUGAAUGUUUUCCAGGAGUACAUCUUCUCCAAUUUGUCCCACUUGGUACAUGACUCCUCUACAGUUGUGAGGGCAGCAUUUGCCGAGAACAUCGCCCAGCUGGCAGAGUCCGCUCUCAGAGUGUUAGAGAUGAUGCAGCUGGGAGAUAUUGAUGACCAGAAUGUCAAAGACGAGGCUGCCAACUUUUCCACCUAUGACCAGGAACUGCACGCCUUACAGGAGAUAAUUCAGGAGAUAGUUGUUGCCUUGCUGAACGACCUGGACAACUCAGUGAAACGCUCACUUCUUGAUAACAACGGUAUCACCAGACUCUGUGUGUUCUUUGGUAGACAGAAAGCAAAUGAUGUCCUCCUGUCUCACAUGAUUACAUUCCUCAAUGAUAAGGCUGACUGGCACUUAAGAGCAGCGUUCUUUGACAACAUUGUCGGGAUAGCAGCCUACGUUGGCUGGCAGAGCUCCGAAAUCAUCAAACCUCUUAUAGAACAGGGCUUGUCAGACCCGGAGGAGUACAUUGUCCACCGUAGUCUUGGUUGUAUCAAGUCACUGACAGAGUUGGGCUUGCUGCAGAAGCAGAUGCUGCACUAUUUCAUCAAGAUUGUCAUCCCACUUCUGGCCCACCCUGGUAUCUGGGUUCGACAAGGCAGUGCAGGGUUUAUAUCAGCCGUGGCGGGCAAGCUUAACAUUGCCGAUAUACACUGUAACAUGCUACCUAACCUUCAGCCUUUCCUCACCUCAAGUAUUAUACAGAUUGAAAAAGAGGUGCUGUUAUUGAACUCCCUGCAAGACCCCAUACCUCGACAGGUGUUCGACUACAUCCUACGGUCAACGCAUGUCGAGAGAAUUUUCAACACAUUGAAGAGCCGUAACUCCAUACGAGAACUGAGCAGGCAAAACACCACACCCCCGUACUGUGAGAUGGAUGAAACCAUGUCUCAGAUAUUCAAGAGGCUGUCAUUCCUGGGCUGUGUGGAGAGCCAUGAAGAUAAACUACUGGCAAUGAAGGACUUUAUCCUUAAACUCCACAGGGCCAGGGCAGGAAACACGGACAUGAAUAGUCAUUCCGAAACAAAGCCAGGACAACUAGACAUCCGUCUGCUGGCUGGAUCAACCAGAAGGCAUGCUGACCUUUACAAGCCCAAGGACACCAAGGGUGAUUCCAAUAGCUCACCUAACUCGAGAAGGAAAAAGAAAUCCCCUGGACCAGAAACACAGUCCAAAAACAUGAACCCUGAAUGGAAAAGCAUGUUUGGUUCCACAUCAUCCCUUGGCUCUUCACCUAGAUCUAAAACUCCCUAUAAGCCGGAAACCAGUGCAGUAAGGCCUGUAACUCCAGCCGGUUCCCAGUCCAGCUCUACAGGAAGUCUUGUUGCCGUGUCCCAGCUCUCUAUAGAUAGUUCCAUGCGCUCGCUGGGUAUCGGUAAAGGGGAAAAGCAGGCACAACAGACCCGCUAUGCCCAGUGCAAGUGGGAGUUACGUGACCUUGUGAAGAAGCGACGAGGCCAAUACUCAGCGGACCUCGCUACACGGGACCUACUGGAAGGAAUAGCCUGGGAGAGCAGACCACCACCAUCAAACUGGAAACCACGUGGUCUACUCGUGGCUCACUUGCAUGAGCAUAGGGGGCCAGUUAAUAGGUUGUCAGUCUGUUAUGACCACAGUUAUUUUGCAUCCUGUUCAAAUGACGGUAUGGUUCGACUGUGGGAGUGCGGGAAACUAGAGGGGAAAAACAUGGCCAACCGAUCAAAACACUCCAUUGCUAUGGAUGGAGCUGUGAAGCUAGUCACAUUCUUUGAAGGUUCACACAUGUUGGCUGCCUCCUCCGAUAAAGGAGUACUCAAUGUUUAUGAUGUAGAAUCAGGCAAGCCCAGCGAAGUGGACACCCAGCUGGUCAAUGUUCAGGGUCAAGGUCACAUCGUAGACAUGGCUCACUUUGACACAGGGAACCAGUCGAUCCUGGCAUAUGCGACAGUGAACGGGGACCUUGUGGGCUGGGAUUUGAGAUGCAGAGACGUGGCUUGGGUCCUCAAAAAUGACCCCAAAACUGGACUGAUAACGUCAUUCUCUGUUCACCAGUCUCAGUGUUGGUUGGGGGUCGGUACUAGCAGCGGUAAACAUGUCUGCUGGGACCUGAGAUUUCAGCUUCCUAUAACAACCAUAGAGCAUCCUGCAGGGUCAAGAGUUCGAAGAUUGGUUCCCCACCCGACAGAGCAGUCCUGGAUGAUAUCCGCUGUGCAGGGAAACAACGAGGUGUCUAUGUGGGAUAUUGAAACAGGGGCCAGGAGGAAGGCACUCUGGGCCAGCUCUGUCCCCACUCUCUCCAAGACACAGGAGAGUCCCCAUGCGGUGUACGGCAUGCAUGUGGGCAUCACAGACAGCAGUACAUUCCUGCUCACAGGCGGCUCAGAUAUGAGGGUCAGGUUCUGGGACCUUAGUUAUCCCGCCAACAGUUUCAUCAUGGCCAAUGCGGCCGGGGACCCCACCCAGCAAACUGCUGUCAGCUAUAGAUCCAGGAUUAUUGAAGGCACUGAAGUUAUCGAGGAGACUUACUCCAAGAAGCCCACAACCAAUGAUGACACUCCUAAACGAGGUCCAGAGGCCCCGCCACAGGGUCACAAUGAUAUUAUCACAGAUGUGUCCCUCUGUCAGGCCUCACAGUGUCUUGUGAUUACGGCAUCUAGGAAUGGGAUUGUUAAAGUGUGGAAAUAGGCCACUCUUGUUUAAAAAAAACUCUGGAGUUGCUUCCUUAAGGGUUUUAGCCAGGUUUUAUGAAGGACUGGGUAGGGUGCUGCAGAAGAGGGACAGGGUGGUAAUGAAGAAAAGGGCACAUUGAUUAGGGCUGUGAAGAACUUGAACAUUUUUUUAUUUGAUGGAAAGUGUUAGAAAAUGUGUUAAAUUGAAGUACGGUAGUAUUUUGUGUCAACGGCCAAAUACGUAAAUUUUGUAAGUAUUUGUUAUCAUAGUAUUAGUUUUAAUCAAAACAACAAAAAUAUUUGACAGCCAUCAGUAUUGAAUUCUAUGAAGGCAAAAGGGUUCACAUGUUGGUCUCCUUGAGGCAGAAGGAUGCACAUGUUGGUGCCCAUGAGGGCAGAAGAGUGCUACCAAAAAAGGACAGGGUGCAGCACCCUUCCAUAAUUCUUUAGCUAAAACCCUACCUAAGCACCCUACCAUAAUUCUUUAGCUAAAACCCUACCUAAGACUCACCUUUAGUAAAACUUUGUUACCAACAAAAUGUGCAAAAAUUGGGUGCAUAUGUUUUAACGACAUUUAAUAGGGUUACUUUUAACUAUCAAUAACUAUCAAGGUCUAGCAAUAUCUUGUGUUAACACCCUCUAGGUAUGGGAUUUUUCAAGUAUAUGGAUGAGGUUGUGGACUAUUAGAUUUUUUAUGUCUUUUUUGCCUCUAUAUGCCCAAUUUUCAAACCUCUCAUUGUCAUGUGCUUACUGUCUCCAGGAAUGUGAUUGUUAAAGUAAUGAAAUAGGGUUGUUUUUAUUUGAACAAAGGGAUAAAAUUACCUUACUUGUUUCUGUUAAACCUAUGAUAUCUUGUGCUGGGUCUCAAUGUUUCACUCCAGCAAUGCUAAUUUAUCUACAUAGUUUCUACUUAUUUCUUUUAGCACAAUUAACGGUUUUGACAUCUUUUUUACUUUUUGUUUUGGAAUGAGCCAAAUUUUUGCAUAAUAAAUAUCUUAUAUAUUAUAUAUUUUGUCAGCAGUCUUAUAUCACUGAUUAGGUUUUCAUGCAUUUUCGCAUAAAUUGGCUCAUUCCAAGACAAAAAAUAAGAAAGUUGUCAAAACUUAUAAUCUGUGAGAGUGCAGCUUUAAUGAUGAUGAAUCAAAAUCAUUUAAGAAAAAUAUUGUUCUUACUUUUUUCUCCUUUUUUUAAUCAUAAUGGUUAAUGAUCCUUAUAUUUAAUAAUGUUGUUUUUCAUUACUGAGAAAUCUUAAUUGUUCACAUAAUAAAUUAUAUGACUGAAGAAAAUUGUAUGAUUCAAGAAAAGUGUGUGUUAGUGUAUAUAUCUUAUUUACUGUAUUAUAUUAGCGCCACAAAUCCUGAAAUGUGAUCUAAUUGUAUGAUACAACAAGUGCAAUAUUAUUUGAAUAAAUAUGUGUAAAAAUGUA